AUGGGAAGCAAAAAGAAACCAGCGAAGAAGAUAGAGCUGGAAGAAGAGGAUACUGCAAUUGGUUCAACAUCUUCAACCGCGGCAAUCAGUGACGACGAUGAAGAAGCAAACAAGGAUCUCAGCCUCGAGAUUAUCCAUAAAGCGCUUCUCAAUCGGGCAACAAAUCCCCAAAACGCCGCCGCAUUGAAUGCAUCGACAUCAAUUGCCCCUUCGAAGGCGCAAAAAGAGGAGAAUAAGCUUCAAAUGAAGAAGAAGAAAAAGAAAAAGCUUGAAUCUGAUAGUGAAGCAUUGAAUACUGUUAAAGUUGAAGAAAAAGAAAAAGUGAAGCAUGCUGAAGUGGACAAUGAUGUUUUGAGAAACACCACUUCUAAAUCGUAUAGUGAGGAGAUUAAGAGUCGGAAAAAGAAGAAGAAGAAAAGGCAUGAAUCUGAGAUUCCAACUGUAAAUGCUGUUAUAGUUGAAGAAGAAGAAAAGAAAGCUGUAGAGACAAUUGAAGACCCAGAGAAAGGGGAGCACUGUGUAGAGACAAUCAAUGCACCAGAGAAAGCGGAGCAUACUGAAGUGGAAACAUGCAUUGUUGAUACGAGUGACGGUGAUGUUUUGCGAAACACCACUUCCAAAUUGCAUAGUGACAAGAGUAAGACUCAAAAGAAGAAUAAAAAGAAAAACCAUGAAUAUGAGAUUCAAACUGAAAAUGCUGUUAUAGUUGAAGAAGAAGAAGAAGAAAAUAAAGCUGUAGAGACAAUUGAAGACCUAGAGAAAGUGGAGCCCGGUGUAGCAGAACCAGAGGUGGUUGAUACGAGCAACAACAUUGUUCUGCGUAAGCUACUUCGUGGUCCCAGGUAUUUUGAUCCUCCAUCAGAUAAUGUUUGGGGAACAUGCUUUAACUGCGGCGAAGAAGGCCAUGUUACUUUCAAAUGUACAGCAGCUAAGCGCAAGAAACCUUGCUUUAUAUGUGGCAGUUUGAGUCAUAAUGUCAAAAAGUGCACUAUGGCACGAUAUUGCUCUACCUGCAAGAUAGUUGGUCACCGAACUAAAGACUGUCCAAAGAAGCAGUCAGGUGCUUCUUAUUCUAAAAGCUUGACAGUAUGCUUGAGAUGUGGAAAUUCUGGGCAUGAUAUGCUUUUUUGCAAAAAUGAUUAUCCGGAGGAAGAUCUCAAGGAAAUACAAUGCUAUGUCUGUAAGGAAUUCGGCCACUUAUGCUGUGUCAAUACUACAGAGGCUACACCAGAAGAGUUUUCUUGCUACAGAUGUGGAAAAAUGGGCCAUGUCGGUUGGGCAUGUUCGAGGUUGAAAAAUAGGGCCACUGAUGCUUCCACGCCAAGUGCGUGCUAUACAUGCGGUGAACAAGGACAUUUUGCCCGAGAAUGCUCAAGUUCUGUAAAGGCAAGUUCAAGAUGGCAACCUGAGACCACUGACCCGGCCACACCUAGUUCAUGCUACAGGUGUGGUGAAGAAGGACAUUUUGCCCGAGAAUGCUCAAGUUCUGUUAAGGGAGGCAACAGGAAACAUAAGUUCUCAAGCACAGAAACACCAAGAUCUCAGAAAGAGAACGACUACAUGGGAUAUACGUCUGAACCUUAUACAGAAGAAAGUGACAUCAAAACACCAAAGAAAUCAAAGCACAAAGGUGGUUGGAUGUCAGACCAUCCUAGUGACUUCACUCCUUCCAAUUCCAAAAGGGAUAGUUGGAGGUCUCCAAUAACACCAUGUACUAAUAAUAGUACUCCAAAUCAUCUUUUUAAUAAUGGUAGUCACAAUCUCAACUCUAAAUCUUUUACAAGGAAUGUUAGUGGUGGAACCCCUAAUUCAGAAGGGUCAGCCCGGACUUUUCAUCACGGGCACUCGGCUUCUAGGUUUGGCAACUCAAAUAGUAAUGGAUUUCAGAGAAAUUACAAUGGAUGGUAG